AUGGCUGCCGCUGCGGUGGCAGCAGCAGCCGCUUGCCUCAGGCAUGGGCAGUGUGAUGUGGAAUGGCAGUCUCGGUGGUGGCGGUUCACCUCAGACAUUGGUGGUGUGAUGUGGAAUGGCUGCUGCGGCAGCAGCUGCGGCGGUGGUAGCCGCAGUACAAGAUGUGAAAUAGACAUAGAUGAGUGUGCUUCACAACCUUGCAAGAAUGGAGCCACCUGCAUUGACCAACCUGGCAAUUACUUCUGCCAAUAUGCGCCUCCAUUUAAAGGUUCUCACUGUGAAUUUGGGCCUUGUGAGGCGAGUCAUCCUUGUGAGCAUGGAGCUGCGUGUAGAGAGAAAAUGGACCUUAAAGUGCUUCCCCUUGGAUUUCAGUGCCAGUGUGGGAAAGGCUUUGAAGGUUCACGCUGCGAGAUCAAUGUGGACGAAUGCAGCUCGAACCCUUGUCUGCGUGGAUACUGCUAUGACUGAAUGUUAAGAGUUUUCUCUUCCCUGUUGUUUCCAGUGGUUGAUGGCUUUUCCUGCUUGUGCAAUCCAGGCUAUGUUGGACUGAGAUGUGAACAGGACAUUGAUGACUGCAUCCUGAAUGCCUGUGAGCACAAUUCCACCUGCAAAGAUCUGCAUCUUCUGAUUGUUAAGCAUACAACACCCAUUGAUCCCGUUCAGCCAAAGCAGGAUACUGAGCGGAACUUCCACAUUUGCCUCAUUGUAACCCAAAUGCACAUUCAUGAAGCAUGCCAACUUCAUUCAGAAGUUGCUAAUCGGGGAAGCUUCAGGAUUUGUGAAAAGACUAUUCCAGCAGAAACAUGGCAAGGAAAGGGGCUUCUCACUGGUGCAGCAAUGCUCUUUAUGCCAAAGAAAAGAGAUUUACUGUAUGUACAUAAGUAUACAUACAAGGAGGAUCCAAAAAAAACAGAAUUAUUUUUGGAGGAAAGUCCUUUUGUACUACAAGAUGCUCCUCCACACUCUCCAAGCUGUGAAUGCACAUCUGGAUGGACUGGAAAAAACUGCAGCGAAGAAAUAAAUGAAUGUGACUCAGAUCCAUGCAUGAAUGGAGCUCUUUGUCAUGAAUCUACCAUCCCUGGGCAAUUCGUAUGCCUGUGCCCACCCUUUUACACUGGAAAAUUUUGCCAUCAGCACUGUAACCCCUGUGACCUACUCAAUAAUCCUUGCAGAAACAACUCAACAUGCUUGACCUGGGUAGAUGGAAGUCAUUAUUGUAUUUGUAGAGAAGAAUCUGAAGGUGAACACUGUGAAAUUGACAUGAAUGAGUGCUUCUUCCUUCCUUGCCAGAAAUAUGGUGACUGUGAAGAAGGGAUCAACAAUUUCAGAUGUGUUUGCAGACCUGGGUUUUCUGGACCUCUAUGUGAAAUGGAAAUUCAUGAAUGUUUUUCUGAACCUUGCAAAAAUAAUGGAACCUGUGUGGAUCUGGGAAACAGAUUUGUAUGUAAUUGUGAACCUGGAUACCGUGGAUCCUUUUGUGAAUUGGAUGUAAAUGAAUGUAAAACUGUACCUUGUCUAGAUGGAGAAAAUUGUAUCAACAGAACUGAUGGAUACAACUUCCUCUGUGCCCCUGGUUAUACAGGCAUUGACUGUGAAGUAAAUAUAGAUGAAUGCCUAUCAGAACCCUGUCUCCAUGAUGGAUCCUGUAUUGAUGGCAUCAAUCAUUACACCUGUGACUGCAGGCAUGGGUUUUUUGGAACACACUGUGAAAUAAAUGGAAACGAUUGCCUCUCAAAUCCUUGUCUACAUGAAAGGUGCACAGACAUUACUAAUGAGCAUCCAUGCUCAUGUAAUGCAGAAUGAACUAGCACACAAUGUCAUAUCAAGAUCAGUGACUGCACAUCAAUACCUUGUAUGAAUGAUGGCAUCUGUCAGAAGUCAGUACAUGGAUUGACUUGCAUUUGCCCACUUGGAUACACUGGUGCAUAUUGUGAAAAACGCAUUGCCGGUUGUGCUGAACACAAACAGAAUUCUCUUCCUUAUCUUAAUGGAGGAAUUUGUGUGGAUGGGCUUGGACACACUGCUGAAUGCAGAUGUCUUCCUGGAUUUUCUGGUCAAUUUUGUGAAAUUAAUAUAAAUGAAUGUUCUUCAUCACCAUGUCUACAUGGAGCAAACUGUGAAGAUCAAAACAAUGGAUAUAUUUGCAAAUGUCAACAAGGAUGGUCUGGACACCACUGUGAAAAGAAACUUGAGUGCAUUUCCACCCCAUGUGCUCAAGAAAUAUGCAUGGAAAAUGACCCUGGCUCAAAAUGUUUAUGCAUACCUGGAUUUAUGACCUGCUCCAUUGGGCUCCUCUGUGAUGAAAUAAGCAGAAUUACUUGUUUACCUCCCAUCUCUAAAACAGCAGAUGUCAUUUCUACACAAGCAUAUACACUGCUCCCUGCUGAGACUUCAGUAAGAAGCUUUCCAUCUAUAAGGGCUAGAGGAAUAUGAACCACAAUGGAUAUCUACCCAGUUGACCAAGGUCCAAAACAGACAGAUAUCUUCAAGCAUGAUGUUCUCGCAACCACCGGUUUGCAAGAAUUAAGUAUUAUCAUAUCCUUUGAAAGCUACUUCCUCAAAGAACUGAUUUCCACAAAAGAACUUUCUGCAAAACGCAGCCUUCUUUCUUCCACAGAUGUUUUCUUUCCUCCAUUUCUGAAUUUUGGUGUUCACAAUCCAACUCAAAUCAUCUGGGGCAAACCAUCUGUAUCACAUAUGCCCGUACAAACGUCAGCCACCUCGCAAGCAUACUUUUCGCCUAAUAGGGGAGCGAGGACUCCAUUUCUUGUCUCUUCCUUAAUGGCAGAUUUUAUUUUUCCUACACAAUCUUUAUUAUUUGAGAACGAUCAGACUGUUGCCUUAUCUUCUACCACAAUGAGUUCAGUAAUUAGUGGCAUUCCAGGGGCUGAUAUUGAGUUGAACAGGCCCUCAUUACUCUCCCGUGGAUUCCCGCUUACAACUGCUUCCAUAAGUGCACCUCCAAUUGUCUCUGGAGGGGCUCAAGAGGAUAUUGAAGAAUAUUCAGCUGUUUCCUUAAUUUCAAGAAGAGAGCGUGGGAGAUUGCUGAGCUCUUCGAUGUCUCCCAUUUUUCCUGCCAAGAUAAUUAUAUCCAAACAGGUAGCCAUCUUAAACUCAUCAGCUCUGUACCAAUUCACUACACAAGCCUCCCUUCCCAGUGAAUAUCAGGUUAUUACUGAAGCAUCUAGCAACUGGAGACUCACAAACAUCAAAUCACAGACUGCUGAUUCUUUAAGAGAAUUAAGCCAAACAUGUGCAACAUGUUCUAUGACUGAAAUAAAAUCCUCUCAUGAAUUCUCAGAUCAAGUUUUGCAUAGCAAACAGUCCCACUUUUAUGAGACAUUCUGGAUGAACUCAGCGAUAUUAGCCAGCUGGUAUGCACUAAUGAGAGCUCAAACUAUCACUUCUGGGCAUUCAUUUUCUUCUGCUUCUGAAAUAACACCAUCAGUGGCAUUCACAGAAGUGCCAUCUUUAUUUCCUUCUAAAAAGGGUGCAAAAGGAACAAUUUUACCCUCAUCCUUGGAAGAAUCCAUUACCCUAUCAAGUAAUUUGGAUGUUAAUUUAUGUUUGGAUAAGACAUGUUUAUCCAUUGUUCCUUCACAAACUAUCUCUUCAGACUUGAUGAAUUCUGAUUUGAUUUCAGAACUGACUACUGAUGGUCUAUCAGUAUCUGAAAGCAUUUUAAAACUAUUGAAAAUAGGACAAUAUGGCAUAACUUUGGGCCCUACUGAGAUACUAAAUCAAGACAGUUUAUUGGACAUGGAAGAAAGCAAAGAAUUUCAUAGGCAGUUCAAACUUUACGCAAGUGAUAGUUCUGUAGAUUUUGAAUGGAACUUGCAAAGUCAUCCAGAUGUUACUCUAAAAAUGUAUUCAGAAUCCAUACAUUCAAAUGGCCUCAAAAACAGUCUGCCUCUGUUUACAGACUUAGUGCCUGAUUCUUCAGAAGUAACUUCCAUGGUUGCAUAUUAUACAGUUUCAACAACUCAGUUGCUUUCAAUACAGACCUCUCUCCCCAUGCCUGUAAUUAGGUCAGAUCAGCCACAUUAUAGAGAUUAUCUGGAUUUAACCUCUGGUGGUAAAAAUGAUGUCAGGACUUCCUCAGAAUGACCCACAUGGGAACUUCAGCCUCCUGUGUGGGAUCAGAAUUCUCCUACUGCAAGCCAGAACAUCGCCUUCACUCCAUCUCUUCCUUUCUCACUGGAGUCCAUUCCGGCACCUCAACUGUUGAUGAUUUCUGACGUUGCAUGUAUCCGUUAUUAUGGAGAUUCUUAUCAGGAGUUUCAGAAUGUGCUUUUAAAUUCACAAAACAACAUCUCCCUAGAAUUUCAGGCCUUCGGCUCUUAUGGACUCCUGCUCUAUGUGAAGGAAGACUUAAAUCAAGUAGAUGAACUUUUUAUUCAAUUGUUUAUUGAAAAUGGUACUUUAAAGUACCAUUUUUUCUGUCCUGGUGAAGCAAAAUUGCUAAGUAUUAACACUACUAUGAGAGUGGAUGAUGGACAAAAGUAUACACUGUUCAUCCGGCAAGAAUUGGAUCCAUGUGAAGCUAAACUGACUAUUCUAGGGAGGGUUACAGAAAGAAGUGAAGCUGGUCAUCACUUAUCUGAAAAACGCCUGCCAAGAUCAGGGUCUGUCUUUAUCGGUGGCUUUCCAGAUCUUCAUGGGAAAAACCAGAUUUCUGGACCAGUCAAGAAUUUUACUGGUUGCAUAGCAGUUAUAGAAAUCAAUAACUGGGAAUCUUUCAUUCCAUCCAAAGCAGUGAAAAAAAAUCACAUUGCUGAUUGCAGAUCCCAGGAUUUCACUCGAUCUCCAUCAGCCUCCUUUUUUGCCCCUCCUGGUGUGACACAAGGGGCUGACCCCACAUGGACGUCCCCCAGGCCCUCUCCCGCAGUGCCCUCUGUGUGCCAGGAGGACGUAUGCCACAAUGGAGGUACCUGCCAUCCCAUCUUCCUGUCUGGUGGUGCCGUCUCAUUCCGAUGUGACUGUCCACUGCAUUUCGCUGGCCGUUUCUGUGAAAAAGGCAUGGGUGGGGUGAUGGCCACGGCGGCGGCGGCGGCAUCCAUGGCUGCAAUGGCCACUCAGAUCGCCAUGAUGUUUGAGUGGUGGUUACAGCUGAGCUCCGUGUGA